GUCUCCACAGACACAGAGAUAGAGAUUGUUUCAGUCUCGCACGCAUGCUCAUGCUUUCCGUCUCAACGACGCCAUUGCAGCCGGUGAUUUAUCGGAUCGAUCUUCCUUCACGAUUCGUAGUAUUGCUUCCUUCCUUCCUUCCCUGUUCCUCUCUGUCUCUGAUUUUCCCUUCCUUUUCCUUUUCCUUUUCCAUGUGCAGUGCAAGUGCAAGUGCAAGUGCAACACCAUUCAAUUCGAUUUCCAAUUCGCUUCAACUCAAUUAAGCUUCGCAAUCGCACCUUCAUUCAUCCAAUCCAAUCAAAGUUUUGGAUUGCAUGCAGUGUAGUUUGGUUGGUGUAUGGCAUCGUCUAAUGGUAAAGUAGCGUACGCUUCACUUUCUAAGCUAGAAAAGGAGGACGCCCACUUUGGUUAUGAUGAUAUGAAUAGCUAUAGCGAGUCUACGUGGUCUGAACCCAAGUCUGGUGCCGCAACGUUCUCGAAUCAAGAGAAAUUGUAUCAGUUCCCUUCGGAGGAUGAUGACUUGUUUGAUGGAGGUUAUGAAUCAGAGGACGAUGCUUAUGCUCGUCGUAUCACCCCCUCUAACAUGCCUCCAGAGGUGAACUUGAAGAAUGUACUUGGUGGGAUCUGCGCUAUUUUGACUGGGAAAAACAAGGCUCCGAAGAUUGCUGUAAAUGAGCAGCUCCCGAUUUCGAAUGUGUCGUUUUUUGACUCUGGGAAUGAUGGAGAUAUUGUCCAUGCGUCCGUGUACUCACCGAGUGCUCCGCCUCUUUGUCUGCCAAAUGGGGCUGAUUAUAGUUCAUACAAGGAGGUCUUAGAAGCUGAACCCCCUGACUGGCUCCCGGAUAGUGCUACUACUGUUUGUAUGCAGUGUACUGCUCCAUUUACUGCACUUACCCGCGGGAGACAUCAUUGCCGGUUUUGUGGAGGGAUUUUCUGUAGGAAUUGUACAAAGGGGCGGUGUUUGUUGCCUGUUAGGUUCAGGGAAAGGAAUCCUCAGAGGGUUUGUGAUUCCUGCUAUGAUAGGCUUGAUCCUUUACAAGGAGUUCUUAUCAACACCAUUAGUAAUGCUGUGCAGCCAGCUAAGCAUGAUGUCAUGGAUUGGACCUGUGCUAGAGGGUGGAUUAAUCUUCCUAUUGGUUUAUCUAUGGAGCAUGAGAUAUAUAAGGCAUCUAAUACAUUGAGAAGCUACUGUCAGGUGGCCCAAUCAAAUCCUGAAAGGUCCAUCCCUUUAGCUGUUCUUAAAAGUGCUCAGGGCCUAGCAAUUUUGACGGUUGCCAAAGCUGGUGCACUGCUCUCUUACAAGCUGGGUACUGGUUUGGUUGUUGCUCGAAGAUCAGAUGGAUCAUGGUCUGCACCAUCAGCUAUAUUCUCCCUGGGUUUAGGAUGGGGUGCUCAGAUUGGUGGUGAGCUUAUGGAUUUUAUAAUUGUUCUCCGGGAUAUGAAAGCUGUGAAGACAUUUUGCAGUCGCAUGCAUUUUUCUCUUGGUGCUGGUUGUAGUGCUGCAGCAGGGCCUGUUGGGAGAGUGCUUGAGGCAGAUAUUCGUGCUGGUGAUAGAGGCUCCGGCAUGUGUUACACCUACAGUUGCAGUAAAGGAGCAUUUGUGGGCGUCUCAUUGGAAGGGAAUAUAGUUGCAACCAGAAGGGAUGCCAAUUUGCGCUUUUAUGGUGAUCCUUAUCUCACCACCUCUGAUAUUCUACUUGGGAUGGUGGAUAGACCAAAGGCUGCUCAACCGUUGUACGCCAGUCUUCAAGCCCUAUAUUCCAGUUUACGCUACUAGCCCUUGUCCCAAUUUCCAGUUGCAGAAUUGCACUUGUCAUUCAUAGCAUGAUUGGUUCUGCAGAGUCUCGUAUUCACAUUGUUCUGUUUUGGAUUGUGUUUCCAUGCCAUCACCAAAUACCAAUCCAAAUUUGCAAGAGUGACAAACACUGCCCGUUGUAUAUACAAGUUCUAGCUUGUGCAUGGAGUUCUGAAAUGGGAUUCUCAUUGCAAAGUUGAAGUUGUUUUUAUAUUUGGUUCAUUUGGAUGAGGGAUCUAUGCGCUUAUAAUUUGGUUAAACAUUAUAUUUAUUUCAAAUGAUGUAAAAAGUUCAAUACUCAACUUAUAUUGUGUAUGAUAUUAGCCAUAAUUGUACAUAGACAAUCAAUAAUUAUUUAACUUGUCGAGGAUUUUCCC